UAUUCAAAAUGGCAGCGCCCAUGACAAAUGGAAAUUAGCAUGAAAAUAAAUCGAUUACCAAUGAAACAAAUUCUUUGAAAAGUUUGCAAUUAAGAGAAACUUACUCCUUUUACGUUUUGUGAAUCAUUACAUCGACUGUCAUCUAAAUUAUGUCAGGAAAUCUCGUGCAAUAUGUCGUUGUUAGAAAAGAUCUUGUGAAAGCUCUGAAAUGGCCCACAGGAGCCUUGAUUGCACAGGCCUGCCAUGCAUGUACUGCAGUAAUGCAUCAGUUUUAUCAAGAUUCAAACACACAACAGUAUCUUGAAGAUUUAGACAGAAUGCAUAAAGUUGUUCUUGAGGCACCAGAUGAGGAAUCUCUAAGGAAGUUGGCAGAUAGGCUUUUGGAAGAUAACAUAGACCAUAAACUGUGGAUAGAACAGCCCGAGGAUAUCCCAACAUGUGUUGCUGCUAAACCAUACAAGAAGGAAGAUGUACAGCAGUAUUUCAAGGACUUUAAACUAUUUAGAUGAUGUUAGAUAAAAAUUUGAAUGUUUUUUUUGCAUAUUUAUUAAAAUGAUAAAAACAGUCA